AUGGAUUCAUUUUCUUCUCUCUUCUCACAAACAACCCAUAAUUAUACUUUUCGCUCAGGUCACCUCGCCUCCAGCGACAUAACCAUCCUGACGACAAGUCACCAAGAUGACUCCGAACUCUCAGAUCACUUGCAUCUUGAGGCAUCGUUACCCACAGACUCUGUACAUCGCCCGUCGAUGAACUCAAGCAUGUGUGAUGACAACGUCUGUGCACAGCUGAUGUGUGCAGUCGACAAGGAAAUGGCGAUUGAUGCUAUGAAUCAUGGGCAGAGCACAAAUCUAGCUCCACUUAGCGAGGCUGUGAAGCCGGUCUCUUCAAUGACUAUGAAUUUGGAGAUUUGUCGAGCCGAGCAGGAAACAUGCAUCACACAACCUACCGUUGCUCCUCCAGCUCCCUCCACCCUCCAGCUACCUGUCUCCCCUGCCUCAAAGGGGAAUUUCCGCGACAAUCUGCCACAUACCCAAUUGGCCAGAAACAUGACAGACGCACCACAGACAGAAUUGUUUGCAUCUCCUCUGCCGGCCAAUCGUGAGGCUCGCCAUACUUUCGCGCCAUUUCAAUGGUUCAAUGUGGGCCCUCUUGAAGACAGUGCGCCUGGCAACAAAUGUCAUCCGGUAGACAGAAGUAAGGCCGGUUCAGUCGGUGCAAUGAAGGAGGCAAAAGAGAAGAGCAUACAGGAUUACCCGAUCAUGGAAGCGACACAUGAGCAUCCAAAAGAGCCAAAGAAUGUUGUAUGUGAAAUGGAAAUGAAUGGACACAAUUUGGAUGCAGCACGAGACGAGCAAGACGAUGAAGAUGCCGAGGAGGCGGUUUAUUCGCCGGAUCAUGACAAACCAGCCUCAAGUGGCCCCAUCAUUGUUGAAGGCCUUCCAGAAGCUUCGUCUUCAAACCAGCCUUCAACGGGCUUUGCACUCAGGCCCAGCCUACCGCAGGACUGGUCCUUCUUCUCCAGCUCCAAAAUGUGA